UGAGACAAGACAGAGUGCCGCGUGGAUCUCUCCUCAAAAGCUGAGCGUCCAAGGAAAGAGCGUGAGGGAGUCUUUGUGAAUCAGAUUCCACGGAAUUCAAAACAUUCCAAAAAAGAAAAAAAAGAGCUCGGAGAAGAAAGAACAAUGUCAAGUGCAAUCAUGAGACGAAACUCCAGCAAGCAAGGCUUACAGAAUCUUCUGAGAGUGACGGCCCAGCGAAGUAUCGAAGAUGCUGAGGAGAUUGAGAGAGAAAGGCGACGUCGGGCUCGGGAGGCCUUCCGCAAUCAACACAGCCUGUCUAGAUCUGCUGGGUCCCCUCAGGACAGUGUGAACACACCUGAGGCCAGCCUCUACGAAAGUGAACUUAAACCCAGCAGUCCUAUUGCUAUGGAUGAGGAUGAAGGUUUCAGCGAUUGGACCCAGAAACUGGAACAGAGAACACGACUCAGAAUGGAAGAGAACGGCAGUGGAGAAGAGUCGCAAGAGGUGGAGAAAAAUGUGAAUGCAAGAUCUAGACAAAGAGAGAAAACCAGCUUCACCACCUCUAUACAGUCUCAGCAAAUUCAGGGCAGGGAGGAAGAGGAGAAAAGACCAGAGAGACGAAUGGAGAUCAGUGAAAGGGUGAGCAGUCAAAGACCAGAGGAAUGGCAAGAUGACACAAGAGACAGCAAAAGACAACAGGAAAUAAAACCACCAAUGGAGAACAAGAUAAAAGAGGAGAGGAAGGAGGUGAAGGUGUCAUACACGUCUAAAGUCUUCCUACAGCAAGACAGAAUUCCUAAUGGCAAUGGAGAGGCAGCUGCAGAGGAAAUGACAUCACAUCUUGUCAAAACCAAAAGAUCACCUAGCAGGACUGCAGUUGUAGAUCAGGCCUUUGAAACUAAGAAAGACAUGCAUGCCGGUCUGGAGACAGAGCUGAAGCUUGAGAAGAUUAGACGUAGCCAACAGGAAAAGGAGAGCCAGGAAAUGGAGCACCUACGGCAGCGUCAGGCCGAGGCUGAGCUGGAGCUAGAGGAACUGAAAAAGAAGAGAGAGGAACGCCGCAAAGCUCGUGAAGAUGAGGAGCGGAGGAGAGAAGAAGAGGAACAGCAGAAACUAGCCAAAAAAGAGGAGGACAAGAGACAGAUGAAGGAGGACAUUGAGAGGAGGAGGAUGGAGGCAGCAGAGAAGAGAAUGAAGAAUAUCAACAUCACUUCCACAGAUGGUGAUGACCCAUUUAACCCUCUAAACCCCAUCAGUCCAACUUUCAAGAUCACAGAGAGAACAGAAUCACUGAAUCGAUCUUUGAAGAAGAGUAACAGUUUCAAGAAGUCCCAGAGACCCGUACUCCUACCCAAGAUUGAUGACAAACUGGAACAAUACACACAAGCAAUCGAGAUCUCCUCUAAAGAAGCAAAGAUGACUAAGCCAGCAGUAGUGGACAUGCCAUGUGUUUCUCCUCCGGUGGCCUCCAAAAAAAAUCUGUUUGAAGCAGGAGAGGCCUGGAGUCAAACCAGCCUAAAAGGAACGCCCUCAAAGGAUACAGACAUUGUGAAAGUCGGAGUAGCAAACUUGAUCAACCAUUGGGUGAAAGGAAGUCCAGAAGGGGGGAAUAGACAAUCUCCUUCUACAGCAUCUGAUGUUAAACCUGGAGAUGUUCUGCAGAAAAAGAACAUGUGGGAAAUUAUUGGAGAAGGCUCUACAGCUGAGAAGUCAGGACUGGGAGGAAAGGUCUCCUCCUCAGGUAAACGGUACAAGUUCAUUGUGACAGGCCAUGGCAAAUACGAGAAGAUCCCCGCUGAAGGGGAUCGUUAUAGUGUCUACCCAAAUGGAAAAUCAAGUGAAUUAUCCAGCGAUGAUUUGUGAAGAAUUUAAUUCAGCAAUAACACCUUUUCUGAUCCACCAAGAUGAUUUUGAUUUUUGAUGAUUGCUUCAUUUUUGACUGUUCUAAUGUCAAGUAUUUGGGAAAUUUUCUUACAAUCUAUUUGUCAUAUAUACAAUUUAAAAAACUUCUCUGAAUUUUUUUUUAUUUUUCCCCAGUAUUUUUCUGCAGUGUUUGUGCUGAUAUUAUGCUGUCUUUUAAAAAUGUAUGAGUAUGAACUGAAUGUGAACGUCAAAUAGAUAUUUACGAUUUUUGUUUUUAUAUUGAUUAUCUAUGCUAUUUUUUAUACUCUGACACGUUGUUACAUUUAUAUAGACUUGAAAAUAAAAAAAAUAAAAAAUAGAUGCAUAGUAGAAUAAUCCAAAAACAUAUUGCAAAUUCCUGCAGUGGAUUCAUAUGCCUUUUAAGUCAUUACCAAUUUGUUUUACUCCUUGGUGUUAUAUUUUAUUACAAAUAUGACAUUGAUUUUCUCACCUCUCUGCUAUUGUUCAUUGGUUUGAUUAACGCAUAAUUGACUACACUUAUUGGUUUUCAAGAAAACACUGGAAUUAGUCCAUUUAUCAUAUUUAUAAUAUUAAUAUAAACCUGUUUGUUUAGUUACAAACUUUUUUUCUACCCAAUGGUAUCAUGGUUAAAUUAAGAAUGUGAUUUAUAGUCCAUUUCCGCUUUUAAAUUUUAAUAAAUUUGAUAUUUUGUAUGAUUCUUAA